AUGCGCGAAAUAUGGCUGCUUCCGGCAAUUUUGGUCUGCUGUUUACACGCAGAAAAAAGGAGCCUCCUGAUGGGCAGCCAUAUUUUACACCCGUUCGACCUGUUCAAGCCGCCCAACCAAAACGCGACGAGCAGUGUGCCAGAGCCGACGACCCAAAGCGCUCAGCUGGCCGAUUCGAACACGACAGCCGUCGACAACGUGAUGUCCCUAGAUUGGUCGAUAGAAGGCGGCGACCUCUGGAAUCUGCGUAUACUCGAAGUGCACUGUCCAACUCUCAACGAUACCCUCGGAUUCCACGUGAAUCUGUAUCGAAAUGAUACAUUGGUGGCAGAAACGAAUUGCCGAGAGUUGCAAGAUAACUUGACGACGGGUGGGCCGCUGAUUUGGAAGGGCUACACUCGAAUACUGUUGACACGAGACGGAGCCACACCCGACGAUUCUUCAUCCCUCGUCGUUGAGCACCGCUUCCCCGGAACCCGCAAAAUAUGUGUGCCCGUGGAUGGAUCAGUCAGCCUGGACUUUCACGGGAAUCGGCAUGGCCAGCGUUGGGUGAUCAGCCCUGGCACGAAGCACUGUCAAAAGCGUGACCUAGCCACGCUGCUCGUCUCUAUCCACAUGCACGGUGAUCAGAACUGUAACACCUACGAGAUGAGGAUCUGGGACAUGUUCAGCGACGGGGAGGCGUUCGUGGUACGGCCAAAUAACGCUCCGAGGGAGGACUCUCUACUGCAUAUCGAAGCCAAUCAUUCGCAUUACCUGGUGCCAACGUUCGGGCGAACCCUCGUCGAGUUUGUGGCGCAGUGCGCCGCGAACGAGUCGAUAAGCGGAAUUCACGACUCACUUCAUGCCUCGGUCAGCUAUGGUACACGAAUGGUGGCCGCCGACAGAUUGUCCCUGGAACUGAGCCACGCGGAAUAUGGCGUGCAGCGCCAGAACCAAGGGCCAUGGGAGUUGACGAUUAAAGUCGGGCCACCAGCUCUGCUUACGGUACUCGCGUCCGAUGGGGAUACCACGGAUGUGCGGAGGCGCAGCCUGUACUUUGUCUACAACAAGGGCGGCUCCUGUCACCACCAAGUUGUUCAUCCACUCAACGCAAGCUGCGGGUUCGUCGUGAAGGAGACGACGGUCGUGAUCAGAUACGAUAGCCCAUAUUACGUCUACAGCCGCAAGCCGACCGCCAAACUCGGCUUCCAAAUCAACGUGCAGCCAAUUGACGCAGAGCGCAUUGCCCAGCAGCAUGGUAACGAAUGUAUGUACGACAACUGGAUAGAGGGAGUGCCGUUCACGCGCGGCCGCGCUGAGACCUUCGCCGGUGCGCCUAUCGAGACGGUCGCCAGAACAACGCUGGUCACGUGGAUAUUUAUCCCGUUGGUCUACCUGUCGCUUGCCGGGACUGCCAUCUAUGCCUGCCUAUACGUGGACCAUCACCUCGACUCGCCCCAC